GGGGCGCCACCAUCGCUGCAGUCUCACGGGCGUAGCUGUCAAAAUUGUUUUAUCGAAAACACUGAUAAAAAAUUACGUUUUGAAUUUCGAAUACAAUUAAAAAUAACAUUUAAUGUUCAUAGAUAUAAUUCUUUUAACAAUUUUUUGGAUGUGUAAUAUUUUUCUGCAAAUUCACUAGGUUUUUCAUACCUAACCUCUUUGGUUGUCAUUUGGAAUAUUGUGACAUUAAGUUUUCAUAAUGUAUGGGACAUUGUUAGUGUGUUUUGUUUUUAUUAGUGGAUGCUUAGCCAAUCCUGAUGCGAAGCGACUGUAUGACGAUUUGUUGAGUAACUACAAUAGACUAAUACGACCUGUGGAUAAGAACAAUAACACCGUAUUGGUUAAAUUGGGACUCAGAUUGUCACAACUGAUUGAUUUGAAUUUAAAAGACCAGAUCCUAACGACUAACGUAUGGUUAGAACAUGAAUGGGAAGAUCACAAAUUUAAAUGGGACCCAUUGGAGUAUGGCGGAGUGAAGGAAUUAUAUGUCCCUUCUGAACACAUUUGGCUACCUGACAUCGUACUUUACAACAAUGCUGAUGGUGAAUACGUGGUGACAACCAUGACGAAAGCCGUACUUCAUCAUACUGGAAAAGUUCUAUGGACCCCACCAGCCAUCUUUAAGUCUUCCUGCGAGAUCGACGUGCGAUACUUCCCAUUUGAUCAGCAGACUUGCUUCUUGAAAUUUGGCUCUUGGAGUUAUGAUGGGGAUCAGAUCGAUUUAAAACACAUUAAUCAGAAGAAAGGAGAUAUGGUAGACGUUGGCAUCGAUCUUCGGGAGUAUUACCCUUCAGUGGAAUGGGACAUUUUGGGGGUUCCAGCUGAACGCCACGAGAGAUACUAUCCCUGCUGUCAAGAGCCAUAUCCAGAUAUCUUCUUCAACAUAACUCUUCGUAGGAAGACACUGUUUUAUACAGUUAACCUCAUUGUGCCUUGUGUAGGCAUAUCAUAUUUAUCUGUACUGGUAUUCUACUUGCCAGCAGACUCUGGAGAGAAGAUAGCUCUCAGUAUUUCUAUUCUUCUAUCCCAAACCAUGUUCUUCUUACUCAUUUCCGAAAUCAUACCGUCGACAUCCCUAGCACUGCCUUUAUUGGGCAAAUACCUGCUCUUCACGAUGUUAUUAGUAGGUCUAUCUGUUGUCAUAACCAUUAUAAUAUUGAACGUGCAUUACCGUAAACCGAGUACACAUAAAAUGGCACCGUGGGUUAGAAAGUUCUUUAUAACGAAGCUCCCGAAACUACUACUAAUGAGGGUACCAAAGGAUUUACUGAGAGAUCUAGCAGCGCAGAAGAUAGCCGGUAGAAGUAUGAAAAAGAAUAAGUUCAAAGAUGCCCUAGCAGCCGCGGAGCAGACUAACUCCAACGCUUCCAGCCCUGACUCGUUGAGACACCAUCUUCCUGGAGGAUGCAAUGGACUUCAUUCUACUACUGCAACAAAUAGAUUCAGUGGUUUGGUGGGUGCUUUAGGAAGUCUAGGCGCUGGUUAUAACGGGCUUCCAUCAGUGAUGUCUGGCCUGGACGACUCCUUGAGCGAUGUAGCGCCGCGCAAGAAGUAUCCGUUCGAAUUGGAAAAAGCAAUACACAACGUCAUGUUCAUACAGCAUCACAUGCAACGCCAGGACGAAUUCAAUGCGGAAGAUCAAGAUUGGGGUUUUGUUGCGAUGGUGCUCGAUAGGCUGUUCCUAUGGAUUUUCACUAUCGCCUCCAUAGUUGGCACCUUCGCCAUCCUCUGCGAAGCCCCGUCCCUCUAUGAUGAUACUAAGCCUAUAGAUAUGAUCCUUUCAUCGGUGGCCCAACAGCAGUUCCUGCCCGUUGACAGUGGUAGCGGAGAUACUGUGACGAACUACCCUUAAACUAUACAUUUCUAUAUUUAAAAAAAGAAUGAAAUAAUGUUAUAUCUCUACAAUAUGUAUUAAAAUCGUUAAUACUAUAAAAUUUUAAUCAUCAGAAAUGGCAGAAUAUGAGAUUGUCACAGGCAUCAUGAUUUCAUGACUAUUCGUGUAUAAGUGACGGUCAGCACUUUACAUCAGUUUCGCGAUUUCAAAAAAUCAAUUCAAUUCGGUAUUUUUUUUUAUGUUUAUUAAAUCAUACCUCCAUUAGUUCUAAAGCAAUUUGGAAAAUUCUUUUUUUUAUUUUAAAGGAUGUACUUACAGAUCGGUUUCAUAGAAAUUUUAUCAAAAUUGGUUUAGAAGUUUAUAUUUUACAGCGAAAUAACUGGUUUUGUCACAAUUGAAGUCUUUCUUCUUCUUUUUUAUGGGACGCAGUCUUUUCAAGACAUUAAUCAUUUUUAUAAUUAUUUUUGUAAAUUAUAGGGUUUACUCUUUUAAUUUUUGGUCUUCGUUUUUUGUGGAUUUUUUUGUUUAUUUUAAUUGCUAAUUGAGUAAGGUUUUGAAACAAUCAUUCACUGUAAGUUUUGUAGAACAUUUUUGUACAUUACAUUCCAAUAAAAUCAAAUAUCAUAUUCUAAAAAAAAUUAAUAUCUUGAUUUUGAUACCAUUCUCUUUACAACGAUAUUUAUACUAAAACUAAAUAUAUACCCAAAUAAAUAUCAAUGUAACAGAAAAUAAUAACAAAAUCAAUUAAAAACAUUAAGUAGACACGGCAGUGGUUUUAUAAUCUCUAUUUACCACUAAUAUUAUGAACUACAUCCUAUUUACUUGCAACCUAAUAUCAUAAAUAUAAGAAAAUAAAAACUUUCUAAUUAAAACGGGCAAUACCAUAGGCUAUAGCUAGUUAAUUGGCAAUAUCGGAUUAAUUCAUAAGAUCAUUCAAUGGAGUUCAAAAUCAUACUUUUUACGAGCGUCAAAUAAUAUCAAAUCUUCUAGCUAGACAAUAGCAAAGAUAUAAAACAAGCGUUUUGUACUUUUUAUGAAGGACUCACUCAAUAUUGUUUUUAUUUUAAAGGUGAGUACAUACUAGAUAAUUUCCAUAUAACAGUGUAAUGUUCUUGAGAGUAUUACAAUACAAGGUGAAGCUCCAUUCAGUAAGGCAAUAUCAUGUAAUGUAACAUUCCUGAGAAUAUUGAACUUAAUAGUCAUGGCGAAUGAGUAUAUUACGCGAAACAUUUCGUUUUGCUUUUAUUCUUCGUUUAAAUGUCGAAUCUGCAAGUCACGCGUACAUUUAAUGAGUUGUAAUAAAAAAACUAAGAACAAAGAUUGUGGUAAAUCAAUAUAUUAUCAAUAAAUAUACUUUGCCACGCUCGUACCUUUACUCGAUGACAUGUUACUAAUUCGCAAAAUCGAGUCACGAUUCAUAUUCAGAUCGAAUAUGAAUACGAAUACCGAAAAUAUCGAUUAUUAAAUAGAUUAUAUUAGAUAAGGUACUGUAUCUAUUCGAUUGGUUUGUAUGGAUAUUUAUAUACAAUAAUUAAGUAUAUAUUAAUCAUAAGAUUUUUAGUAGUUUCAUUUCUAAUUUCAAAUAAUCUGUUUUGCAUAUAUUUAAUUUUAUAUCAGUUUAGAUACAAUAGCCAUUAAUAAAUUAUAAUAAGUACAUAAGAGCCAAAAUAGGCUGUGAAUUAUUAUUAUACUGAUAUUGUUAAUAAUUCUAAUUAUAGAAUUUUUAAGCAUAUUUAACAACGUACUAAUAAGUAGCUUGAUAAUGGAACGUUGCUAGAAGAUUCUUCGACACGUAACAAUAGUUUAUUCAUGUAUGCAUACUGCGAACAAGUAUCGUAUACUAGACCUAUUUCUCGAUAUUUUGACAAAUCUCUUUUAUGUAGUUAAUCAGUAUACGUACAUAUUAUAGUGGAACAUAGCUAAGUACUGUACUCCCUAGCAAAUUUUGAAGUUACAGUAAUUUAUAGUUAU